CUCGCCGACGCGUCUGGGAACCAAGAAGCUCUCCGGAUCAUUUCUCUCUCCUCAGGCUGAGGGUCUGCAACAGAGAGAUUACCACCUUUUUAAUUUUUAAUUUCGUUAAACCAACCCAGAGAGAUUCUACAGUCUUCUCCAUAGCCUCCUUCAUGAGCUGCUGAGCCGGAGGAAGAAGAUGAAGAUGAAGAUGUUUCUGGCGGCGGCUGCCCUCCUGGCACUGCUGCUGUCCUCCUCUCACGCCCAGGAUACAGGCACUAAGUGUAAUACCACAGCACAAGCAGAUCUUGUGCUGCUGGUCGACGGCUCCUGGAGCGUCGGGCGAUUGAACUUCAAAACCAUCAGAAACUUCCUCGCUCGCAUGGUCAGCGUGUUCGACAUCAGCCCUGACAGAGUGCAGAUCGGUCUGGCUCAGUACAGUGGAGACCCAAAAACUGAGUGGCACCUGAACGCUCAUAGCACCAAGGACUCCCUGCUGGAUGCCAUCGCUAAUUUGCCGUACAAAGGAGGAAACACCAUGACAGGGAUGGCGCUGAACUAUAUCCUGCAGAAUAACUUCAAAACCAGCGCGGGGAUGCGUAAAAACUCCCGAAAAAUUGGCAUCCUGAUCACUGACGGAAAGUCUCAGGACGAAAUCGUGUUCACCUCGCAGAGCCUGAGAGAGAACGGCAUCGAGCUCUACGCAGUCGGUGUGAAGAACGCCAAUGAGGACGAGUUGAGGGCAAUCGCCUCGGACCCCGACGACAUCCACAUGUACAACGUGAACGAAUUCAUGUUCCUGCUGGACAUCGUGGACGAGCUCACCAUCAACCUGUGUAACAGCGUCAAGGAUCCAGUGCCACUUUCAGCCGUGAAGAACAUGAAUGUGUACGAUGAGACCUCGACCACCAUGAAGGUGAGAUGGGGGGCAGCGGAGGGAGCGACGGGAUAUAUGAUGCUGUACAGAGCCACCAACGCCACCGAGCCUCAGCUGGAGCAGGAGGUUCGUGUUGGAGGAGAGGUGACCGACGUCCAGCUGGUGCAGCUGACUCCCAGCACGGCGUACUCCAUCAGUCUGUACGCUCUGCAUGGAGACGCCCUGGAGGGGACAGGGGUCACCUGUGCAGCCUCUCCCUCAGGUGCUCCCAAUCCCCAAUCAGGGCCUCCAUAAAGGACCUGAGGAAGGCUGCAGUCUCUCUCUUCCUUCUCCUCUGGCUCCAUGUGCAGCAUGUGUGGGACCUGUUAGGUUAACCUGUGUUUUAUUCAUUGUUAGCUGUGCUCCAGUUUACCUUUGUGUAUUGUUUACUUUGGUCACUUUCUUUUAGGAGAAAGUUGUUCUUAGUUGACCUUAAGUUUGCUUUGCAAAUUGGCUGGUGAGCCUCUUUUUCUUUUAUUAAUUAAAACAUCACCUUGUG